AUGGCAGAGAAUAAAACUCUCGGCGAUUUUUAUCAGAGUGUUACGUCAAAAGAGCCAAGCGUACGGUUAGAGUGUUUUUCAGCACUGGAAAAUUUAUUAUCAGACAGUGAAACAUCAGUUGACUGCGAUGAUCUACCUGGUUUUAUAAAUGGUUUAAUUAAAUGGAUCGAAGGCAGUAAUUUCCGAAUUGCAACUAAUGGUUUGCGAACGUUAGAAUUACUUCUCGAUCGAUUAGGUUCGGAUGAGUUCGGACACUAUGUUGAACAAGUUACAUCUGCAACAGUCGAUCGUUUGGGCGAUGCUAAAGAUCAAGUUCGAGAAGCUGCAUCUAAUCUUCUUAUCAAAUUAAUGACCACUUAUACUCCUCAGCGUAUAUGGGAUUUAAUACAACCAUUAGCAUUUGAUAGUAAACAAUUUCGUAUCAAAGAAGAAAGUCAACGCGUAUUAAUACGAUCAUUAGAAGAAUUCGGUGCAUCGACAAUACAAUUGAGUAAACUCGUUCCACUGAUUUCAAAACUAAUAUCCGAUUCGAAUGGUGCUGUUCGUCAGCAAGCGGUAGAUACUCUUGUCGAAAUUUAUCGUCAUGUUGGAGAGAAAGUUCGUAGUGAUAUUGCUAAACGAGAUAUUCCUGAAGCGAAAUUGAAACAAUUGUACGAAAAAUUUGAUGAUGUUAUUGCCAGCGGUCGAAUGAUUGCUAAAGCGUCGGAUGCAACUGAUGAUGCACGACCGAAGCCAACAACAACUCGAUCUCGUUUGAAUUCAGAUAGUAGUACAACAUCGACGCGUUCACGGCCAAGUGGUGGUGUACCAGCUCGAUCAGCUGCACCUGUCUCUGCAGUUUCAUCUCCUAAUAACCCUCGUGCGCGUUCAUCGUCGAGUAUUUCUCGUCCAUAUGCAUCGACAUUAUUCACAACAGGAGCUGUGGCAAGCGGUGCUGUCGAUGAAGCAAUCUUCGAAGAGGCAUUCAAGUCAUCCCCUGCAAUCUCUCUGUCAUCGGGCAAAGAUGUCGAAAAUCAAUUAUCAACUAUUCGAGAUACACUCGCCGACACGANUGUUCGCAUUUCCGAAAUAAUUAUCACUGUACGCUUGUCUAUUAUAGUCAUUUGA